AUGUCGCUUCCCUACGCUGCCGACGCCGAGACGUCGCUGUCGCCCUCCGAACUGCACGUGCUCAAGUCGCAGUACGAGACCGAACUCGCUGCUGGGCACGUCACCACGCAGACCAAGUUCAACUACGCCUGGGGGCUCGUCAAGAGCAAGCAGCGCGCAGACAUGAGCAUGGGCGUCGGGCUUUUGACAGAAAUCUACCGCUCGGAUCCACCACGAAGGCGCGAGUGCCUCUACUACCUCUCGCUCGGCCACUACAAGAUGGGCAACUACGACGAGGCGCGCCGCUUCAACACGCUGCUACUCGAACGCGAGCCGGGCAAUCUCCAGGCACAGAGCCUCAACCAGCUCAUCGAAAAGGGCGUCGCUCGAGAGGGCUACCUGGGCAUGGCGCUGAUUGGGGGUGCGGCAGCAGUGGCCAGUAUUGCCGUUGCCGGCCUCAUGCGUCGCGGACGCCGCUGA